ACAGUGCGCUCUGUCGGUACCAGGAAUAGUCCCUCUAACACAAGCCACAUUAACGGGGCUUACAGCCUCCACUGAUCGGAUUUUCUGCUCAGAAUUUCCUUAAUUUACUCCAUUAGGGAUGACGCUCAUUUUUCACACAACAUUCACGUGAUUUUUAUUUGGCUGGCAUAUUUGGGGAUCACUUUUACGCACCAAACUUGAGUCUGGAUUUCGUUUUACUGCCUUUUUUUUUUUUACUGCACUUUGACUUUCUUUAAACGUCGUAGGUAUGUUCUCGCUAGUAUAUGGAUUGAUAUGCUUUUGUGCACUGGGUGGUCGUCAACAAGCAAGCGGACAGCCGGACGAUGGAAAGAGAUACAUUUGCCGAGCAGUUCCCCUCACCGGCGAUGCAAGUUGUCCGGUGACACUCUUACCCGAGCUUAACACUGGGAGCCAGGAAGAGGAGCUCAGAAACACCGUAAUGCAGCUUCGGGAGACAAUUUUACAGCAAAAAGAAAAUAUUUCAAAACAGCAGGGCACUAUCAACGAGCUCACCACCAAGCUUUCCCUCUGUGCGUCCGCCACCGAUGACAGGCGGUACGACAAGGCGAGUUCCUGGGGCAAAGACAAGCAAAACACAAUGGGGGAUGUUCCUAGAGAUCCAAAUGACACUAUUGAUAGUCUUCGAAAAACCAUGCAAGGGCUCAAGGACCGUUUGGAGAACUUGGAGCAACAGCAGAUGCGGGCCAACGUAUCCGGAGCCUCGUUCCCCAGUGAGCUCCGCGACCUGCUGCAGCGCCGGCUCGGCCAGCUGGAGAAACAGCUCCUAAAGAAGGUCAACAACCUGGAGGAGCAGAAAACCAUGCUGUCCAACGCCACAGCCGCCUACAGGCUGAAGACGGAGAGCACGCUGAAUGCCUUGGUGGAGAGGAUCAGUGAGCUUGAGAAAGGGGGAGGAGACUACAAGUCCCCAGAGCAGUUCAAGCUCUCCCUCCCCCAGAGGACCAACUACCUGUAUGGGCGCAUCACCAAGAGUCUGCCAGAGAUGUAUGCCUUCACACUCUGCAUGUGGAUCAAGUCCAGUGCCAGUCCAGGCAUUGGGACUCCCUUCUCCUAUGGAGUUCCAGGGCAGGCAAAUGAGAUUGUGCUAAUUGAAUGGGGAAACAACCCAAUAGAGCUGCUGAUUAAUGACAAGGUUGCUCAGUUGCCUUUGGAUGUACGUGAUGGUAGAUGGCAUCACAUCUGCAUGUCCUGGACCACCCGUGAUGGCCAAUGGGAUGCUUACCAAGACGGAGAGAAGUUGGGGAGUGGUGACAACUUGGCGGCCUGGCACCCCAUCAAACCUGGGGGAGUCAUCAUCCUUGGGCAGGAACAAGACGUGGUGGGCGGGCGCUUUGAUGCCGGACAAGCUUUCGUGGGCGAGCUGAGUCAGUUGAACAUUUGGGACCGUGUUCUGAAGCCGGUGGAGAUUCAGUCUAUGGCUAACUGCAGCUCUUAUUUCGCCGGGAAUGUGAUCUCCUGGCUACCAAGCAAUGUUGAAGUGUUUGGAAGGGGAGCCUUCAAGCGGCCCUUGGAGAUGUGUCAGGAGCGGCUGCCCAAUGCUUAAAACUCACUUAUCUGCCUCUCUCUAGAUUAGCUGUUUCCAUCCAUUCAGCAUUUUUUUUAAUUGUCAGCUCUGAAGGAAUUUGUGGAAAUGAUGUGCAACACUCUGCUGCUUUGCUGUGAGAUUCCAGGGUUUGUGAACACAGCUGAAGAAGUUAUGUGUUGGUUUACUGGUGAAUGUUGCAUUUUUAGGGUAAAUCAGAAAGCUACUGUGCUCAAUCAUUUAUUUCUUUACUGUGAUUAAGACUUAAUCUUGCAAACAGCAUGUAUAAAAGGUUCCCUAAUGGUACUGCUGCUAUAAAAGGCCCAUACACCUAUAUUUUCCACACAUUUUCCCCCACAUCGCCUCCCCCCUCCACACUCAAGCAAGCUUAAAUUAACACUCACCUCGAGCUUUGAGGUAAUGAAAAUCCACUUUAGCCCCACACAGACACACGCAUGUACUGCUACUACUACAAAUACACUGACUAGCCAACAGUUUUCCGUUGACAUGUGAGGUGGUGUUGCGUGCUGUGUGGGAGUGAGUGGCUGGAAAGAUUAAAGGACUGGCGAAUGUUAUGUCUUUUCCUUAACAAAGGAGUGGGCUUAGAACAAACAUUAGUUAAACCCCUGAUCCAGGCAGGUGCAGUCAUCGCAAAGCAGGCUCUAACUGUUUGAUUUAGCACUUCAUCUUUUGUGUGGUGCUGGUUUUGUGCAACAGGCUAUUUCAAAUGGUAGAAAUACUUGUUUGAAUUUGCAGCUUACGUCUGAGUUCACUGAAACUUUACCUCGUUUGGGAAGCUUUAUUCUUGGCAUGCAUAACCAAUACCAGUGAUACUAGUAAGACUAUCACAGUGCUUUUUUGAACUUGCCUUUUCCAUUUGAACAAACCCUGUUGAAAUGGUGAAUCAUGCUGAAAAUAUAUUCAUAGCUUCAACGUUGGGAAAUAUUUUCACUCGUGAUUUGUGAUGUUUGUUGAAGUGGGUAAAUGUAACAGAUAAGACCUAGAUCUAAACACAAAUAUAUAUUUUGGAUGUACUUGUUGUAUGUUACCCAUUUGUAUAUGGCGUUAUAUUAUAUUUUGUAUUUUUUUGUCUCUUUGUUCAGACAGAUUUUAGUUUUUUUUUUAAUGUAAUCCUCGUCUUGUGGCCUUCUAAUGCAGACUUAAGUGCCAUUUUUUUAAGUGUUGUAAAAUUAUUAACUGCCAAUAAUGAAAAUGUAUAAAAUGAAAUAAAAACGGUGA